AUGUCAAGUUCAACCGAUCUCUCGACAGCAACUGGGAUCCUCACAUAUAUUGCGGACACUCCAUUCGACAGCGAUACAGCAGUGCCAAUUACUGGAGGUUUCGGUAACUAUGUAUUCAGGCUUCAUCUGCGCACCCCACUCCACGAACAGGAUACGGUAGUUUUCAAACAUGCAAAACCGUAUGUCCCAGGGUGGCCUACUAUGGCAAUUUCGCUUGAUCGACAGGUCUACGAAGUUGCAGCACUGAGACAAGUCAGGGAACGUCUGCCCGAUACUUCGCUUGUGACCGUCCCAGAGGUUAUCCUCUUUGACGAUGUCGCACACGUAAUCAUCAUGAACGACUGCGGCGAAAGGGCCCUGAACCUCAAACAGCUGCUGCAGAGCAGCCCUCCCCCGGACACGAUAGCACGCCAGAUCGGAACAGCGUUGGGCGAGUUCCUUGCGUGGCUACACAAUCGUGGCAGCACGGAUGAGGAGUUCCUCGAUUUUUUCGCUAGAAACGAGAAGGGAAAGCUGCUGUCUGCAGACGUCACGUACGGGAGACUGGUCUCUACGCUCACGGAUGCGGCUCCACCGCUGCUGGCUGAGCCUCCACUCGAAGUUCCCCGGGAGAAGCUGGACAUCAUAGGCACGGUGGCGAACGACACCUGGCGCGCUAUGCAAUCGACUACCGAAACGGUCGUCAUGGGUGACUUCUGGCCAGGGAACGUGCUCGUUGCUCUUCAGUACAACGAGGAAGGCAUUGCGACUGCGAUCGAGCGCAUCGUCGUCGUGGACUGGGAGUUGGCAAAGUCAGGGUUGGCUGGGCUAGACGUCGGGCAGUUCUCCGCGGAGCUACACCUAUUGCGCUCCUUCCAUCCAGCUAGCAACGACGCCGCAUCGGCCUUGUUGACAUCAUUCCUAGAGGCAUACCGGAGGACGUGCGAUGGUGAUGCGCUUACCAGGAAGCAUGUUGCGAAGAUAGCGCUGGUGCACAUUGGAGCACAUCUCGUGGCUUGGACGCCGAGAGUGCCAUGGGGAAACAAGGAGAAAGUCAGAGAGUUGGUACAAAGAGGCAUCGAUUACUUGGUGGAGGGGAGUUACGCGUCAGAGGGGUAUAUCCGGGACUCGAUGAUCGCUGCAUUGUUGCGUUGA